UUUUUGGCGGCAAAGAAGCUUUGAUGGUGGCUUCUCGGCCUCACCGCGGAUCGCCAUGGCCAACUGUGUCUAUCACUCCCCUCAGUUCUCAGAGGAUACUGCUUGGCUUCCAUUCUGGCUUCAGCCACGCCAAUUACCGGCAUUUGGUGAUUAUCCCAAAGGCGAUCACACUGUGUCUCCACUGGCAUGGAAGAAUUAUGUUUGCUCUCCAGAAAAUAAUUGUGAAAAACAUGAUGAUUGUCUCUACUCUAGAAAUGAUGUUGUGUCCAGUGGUUGCCGAUUGUUUUUGUCUGGUGAAGACAACUCAACUGAAGGGAAUACUUCUUCUGAAAAUGCAACAAGUUUUCAUCUUCAUCUGUCGUCUGUCACUGGUUCUCAGUUGUCUGACCAUGUAGAUGAAAUUGCUCAAACUGGAAGGCGCGAACCUAAUAAAAGCAUGCCAGGGAAACCAAUCUCUGCAAUCCAAACAGCACAGAAAAACCACAUUUGCUCGAAUGUGGUGGAAGUGGAUGGUGAUGUCCCUGAGUCAAAGAUAUCACCAUUAAACUGUGUUCAGAGGCAGGUUAAGAGCUCAUCAUCAACGCCCGUCAGUAAAGCUGAGCAGAAAAGGGUGAGGUUUCGGAAAAAGGUUAAUUUUAGCAAUCUGAAGAAUAAAGGUAUUCGCGAUGCUGUUGAGCUUUCUAUUGCUGCCUCGGAAGCAUUGGUUAUAUCUGAAAUGGCAACCAGUAGCUUACAAUGUGAAACUUUUCCAACUGAAGCUAUACUGGAAGUUGCUCUUCGUGUGAAACGAGCAAGGAAGGAAUGCUAUUUGGAUGUUACAGAAACUGUUCCCCCGGUUUUAUUAUCUGAUGCACUUGAUGAAACAGAUCAACUUAGUGAUUUGGAUGAUGAUAUCAUGAAAAACGCAUUUGAUGAUGUAGGUCUAUCUUUUAAUCAGAUGGUUGCCCCCACAUCUGUAGAUUCAUCCCCGAAUGGAAAUUCUUCUCAUAAUAGUGGCAAGUUGAUUUUGUUGCCCAUUUCUUCUAGUCCAUCAAAGGCUUCUAACUUGGAAAGUCCUGAUAAACAGACCAUAAAAUCACUUAGUUUGGUUCCUGAGACUCAAGAUGAUAUUAGUGAGGCAGUUGCCCAAGGAUCUGAUGCUUUCCUCAUCAAGAAUCCAGAUGCUCGAACUUUAAACCAUACAGUUUCUGAAGAAAAAGGAAGAAUAUCUGAGGUGAUCAAAGGUAAUGCACUAAGGUGUCUGAAUACUCGGACUAGUGUUAAAGCAUUUUUCAUUCGAGAAACAAGCUUCAUUUCAGAAUCCAUGGAUGAUCUUGACAAACACUCAUCAGAGGCAAGAUCAGAUGCAGGACAUGAGGUAGUUGCAUCCUCAAACACACCAAUGCAAAGUGUUGCUGGACAUGGGAAGAGCAUCCAUGAACAAUUAGUUCCUUCACUAGAGCUCGUGAGAUCCUCCAGUUUCUCACUGGUUGAUCCUCUUUGUUCUGUUGUGCCAUGCAGUCUCCCUGAUGUUACUCCUGAUGUCAACCAGAAAAGCGAAAAUAAGAAUUUGGAAACAAUUACUGGUUCUGUUCCAUCUAUUCCAUUGUCCGAGUUAAAUUGCCAAUGUACCGUUCCUGAUUCUAAGGUGGAAGGGCAUGAUAUUUUCAAGAUAAAUACUGAAGGUUCUAUUUUGCCCAGUCACAGACAAUUUAAUUUACUCAAGCACUACAGCAUGGUAGUGCCUAACCAAGACUAUGUAGGGGAGAUGGCUCCUGCUAAAGCUAUGUCACGAGAAAGCACAAAAGAAAAACCUAUAAAUUUGUUUCUGACUGGAAAAAGCACCAGUUUUUGUGCUUUCAAGGAUGCACCUUCUGUUCCUUCCAGUCCCAAAGGGAAGUUUGAUGUGAAAGAUGGAUCAGAAAAUCACAAUUUUGGAAACAUGUAUUGUGAACAAGUCAAAGGUCCUGGCAGUUUUAGGACCAAUGGUGCUGAGUCUGCUGAUGUUGCAACCUCAGUUUCCAAGCACCAGGAGGACACAAACCAGGGGGCGCCUCCCCAGUUAACUUUACAAGCUCAACCUCUAGUUAAACGGAGCCUGCCAACAAAGAAGGUUCAUUUUGUGGAAGAUAAAGAGGUCGUUGGAGAACUGCAAUCAUUAGUCUGGGCUUCUGGUUCAAAGAGUACAAAGAGGAAGAGAGUAAAUGAGCAGUUCCGGCAUUGCAAAUAUGGGAUUCAAAAAGACAAUUGUAGAUAUAUCACGAAAUGCAACACUACAAAUGCAAAAGCUUUGAUCUUUCAAGGUUUGGAAUUUCUACUGACUGGAUUUUCCGCCCAGACAGAAAAAAAACUGGAAGCCGUGAUCAGAGAAUUUGGAGGUUAUGUUCUUACUAGCAUACCUUCAUGUUUUAAAAACCUUCGAAGAGAACAAGCGUUGGAAUUGUCUACCUGGAAGCUUCCCAUUGUACUCUCUCCAAAAAAGGUAAAAUCAACUAAGUUUUUAUAUGGCUGUGCAAUAAAUACCUGGAUGUUGAAUGCUGAGUGGAUUCUUGAUUCGGUGGAGGCUGGUUUCUUGUUGACACCCAAAAAAUAUGUAAAUCGGCCAAUUCAAGCCUCCAAGUGGCACCACUUGCAAGGUCAAGAGCCAAUCUGCUUCAACAAUGGCUCCAUUUUUGACAAAUUUGCCGUCAUGGUAUAUGGAAAAGCCAGAUUUUGUACCAAAUUUUCUAAAAUUAUAAAGUGUGGAGGUGGUCUGGUGUAUAAAUCCUUGCAACAAUUGAUCCAAAAUACGAAAGAUGGAAAGAAAUCCAUUGGAGCCAUUCUUGUUGAAGACGAGAGCAAUGUUUCUCGACAUCUGAAGCAAUGCAUUUUAGAACAAAACCUACAAAUGAUGACAGCCAACUGGAUCAUAAACUGUUUAUUUUCUGGGAAACUUCUUCCUUUCAAGAAGAACAAGUACGCUUCCUUUCACCGAAUCAAGAUGCCAACAUUUCCUCAAGAUCAAACUGUGGAGAUGAGCCAAGAAAUAUAAGUACAGUUUCAAAGAUUACUUUUGAAUGCAAAGAUCCAACCUCAGCAACAAUGAGUAAAUUGCAGGAAUUAAGAUGUAUGCAGUUGAGUAUAUAAUUCACAGAUGUCCUAUUGUGGGAACUAUGGAUCAGGUAAAGAGUAAAGAAAAUAAGAAGACUUUCUUUGGAUGUUUUAUGAGCACAAGUUUGGAAAGGUGAGAAAUGCUAGUGAAUUUGCAACCUCUGUGAUUAUUGCAUGAAAAGACCAAUUUUUUUUAACUGCCUGAGACAAGUGUCCCAUGCCAUUGAGGUCACAAAGGUACGUAUGUUUGUAUUACAGUAAUAGCCUUGAAUCUCAAUUUAUUUAAAGUUCCAUCCUUUGUAUUUUCCCUUUUUUUCACAUUUUUUAAAAUAGCAAGAGGUUAUAGAACGAGGAAAAUAUGAGA